GUCACGGCGGAAAGAAUACUAACCUGGGAAUCCUCUAAUGUUUUUAAGGUUUAAACUGAAACAAUGGUCAAAUUUGAAGAAGGAAAAGGAAAAUAAAAAUGAAAGAGAACGUUCGCCCACGCCUAUCAGCAAAGUUGUUCUCAAUUCUGUCAAAUUAUCGUACUUUGUCAUCUAUAAAUAUCAUUACUCCAAAUAUUAACAUCAAUAGUUAAUUGCAAACCCACAAAUUAAGCAAUCCUGUGCGGUUCUUCUCUUUCUUACCCUCUCAGGUCUGAACCCAGCAGAUUUUAUACUCUUUCCUUUUUGAAUCUUGCAACAGCAGUAGUUUUUCUCCACCUUCUUAUGUUUAACAGCCUCUCUUCUCUGUUUUUUCUUUCUCCAACCUUCGCACUAUAAAUGUUUAGAAAGUGAGCUUUUUGGAGAUGCAAAUCUGAUUUUCUUGAAUUUGCUCUGAGUCUUGAUAAAAACCCAUUUUCUAGAGUCUUAAUUUAAGUUUUUUUGCCUUCCUUCUAUAAAACCUUUAACUCUCGGGUUUAAGUGUGUCACGGAUCUGAAGAAAGUGGAAGCUGCACAUCUAUUCAUUGCAUGUGGAAAAUUCGACUCAUAGGUUCGAAUUUUUUUGCUCUUCAUACUUCGCUUUAUUCACAAACUUUCAUCUUGUACCUUAUUUCUAUUCUCUUCUUUUCUGAUUUAUCCGUUUUGUAUAUAUUCAUAUGUAGCUCUUCAAAAAACAGAGGAAAAAGAACUCAAAAUAAAAUAAAGUUGGUAUCUUUUUGGCGGCGGAAAUUUGUGGGCACUUAAUAGGAUUCUGUUCUGUUCCAAAAUCUUGUACUUUCAUUGUUUUUUUUUCACUCAGUAAAUCUGGGCAUCAUUUUUCAAUAAGAUCAAGGAUAUGAUUUGAGGAUUGGCGCUUUAGUUUGCUCAUUUCAAAAAAUUGAGGUAUUCUGAUAGUUGGCGAGGACUGCUGAGUGCUGAGUAUGAGGAAAAAUGGUAAUUAUCAUUCAGGAAGGAUAUUCAAUGACAGAAGGUGGAAAAUUCCGUUCUUUGUGAGUUUACUUGUGUCAAUUACUCUAUUUACUGCUACCAUUUUUGGGUUAUACUCUGCGUCUUAUGGAAGAGAUCAAUUGCAAGUAGACAUUGUUAAGUUUGAAAAUUCUGAGGACUCGGAUGGAUACUUUGUGGAAUCGGAUCUAAUGAAGUCUUUUAAAUCAAGUAAGGUCUCAGAAAUAGAGCCACCGAGAUUUGCUUAUCUCAUUUCGGGUACAAAGGGCGAUAGCCAGAGGAUGAUGAGGACAUUGCAAGCGGUGUAUCAUCCGAGAAAUCAGUAUAUUCUGCACAUGGAUCUUGAGGCUCCCCCACGGGAGAGGUUAAAUUUGACUAUGUCAGUGAAGAAUGAUCCAACAUUUAGUGAAGUGGAGAAUGUGCGUGUUAUGUCGCAAUCCAAUUUGGUGACCUACAAAGGUCCUACUAUGAUUGCUUGUACCCUUCAAGCCAUAGCGAUUUUGUUGAAGGAGAGCUUGAAUUGGGACUGGUUUAUAAACCUAAGUGCUUCCGAUUAUCCUCUUAUGACUCAAGACGAUAUGUUAUUCGUUUUCUCCAAUCUGUCUCGAAAUCUCAAUUUCAUUGAGCACACACAGAUUUAUGGGUGGAAACUGGACCAGAGAGCAAAGCCUGUCAUAGUUGAUCCGGGCCUCUACUUGUCUAAAAAAUCUGAAAUUGCAUGGACUUCUCAACGUCGGUCAAUUCCAACAUCUUUUAAGUUGUUUACUGGCUCUGCAUGGGUGAUUCUAACUCGCUCUUUUGUGGAAUACUGCAUAUGGGGGUGGGAUAACCUUCCCCGAACAAUCCUCAUGUAUUAUACAAAUUUCAUCUCUUCCCCUGAAGGAUAUUUUCACACUGUUAUUUGCAAUACUGAAGAGUUCCGUGGCACUGCUAUAGGUCAUGAUCUCCACUACAUUGCUUGGGACAAUCCUCCUAAGCAGCACCCACGUUCAUUAACAAUCAAGGAUCUCAGUAAAAUGGUAAACAGCAGUGCCUCCUUUGCUCGGAAAUUUCACAAGGACGAUCCAGUUUUAGACAAGAUCGAUAAAGAGUUGCUUGGUCGAACAAAUCGUUUUGCACCUGGGGCAUGGUGUGUUGGGAGUUCGAAAAAUGGGACCGAUCCUUGCUUACUGCGAGGUAAAGAUUCUGUGUUUAAGCCUGGUCCUGGUGCUGAGAGGUUGCAACAGCUAAUUGCGAAUCUGCUAUCUGAAGAUUUUCGUAGUAAGCAGUGCCAUACACAGUGAGGGUAAAAAAAUGAACCAACCUUUAUAUCAAGAGCAUAGCUUAAGGUAAUGGCUUUUUGAGAAGCUGUUUGCAAUUUUUUGCAGCAAGUAGUUGUUCUCUCACUCACAGGGGAAAGUUUGGAUAGUUCAACUG